GUGGUCACGCGGUUUGGGGUGAAAGUGGAAUUGUCGGAUCGUGGAAUGCUGAAACCGAUCGGUACGCUCCUGGACCAGCAGGUCGGUAUAUAAGCGGUGAUCAGGUAUCUGACUUCUCAUUACGUGAUUCAUUCAGAUUCGUUGUUCCGUGCGUGUCGCGGGCAUACGUCUUUCAGUUGUAUUGCUAAAUUCGCGCACGCCUUCAGUCGGUGAUCGCGUACUACGGUAGUUCUCAUAAUUUUAUGUAACUUGUGUCAAACAUACGUCGUCCAUUUUAAUUGUGCGCGAAUCGUCACCGUCAGUUGGAUAGCCAAUCGUUGGGCAUGCGAAUAGUUGCAAGGUCAAGUUCUGUGCGUUGACAGAUCCAUAUUCAAACCCGAGGGAAUACGAUCCAGGGCAACAGUUUGCAUCUUUUAUUUGCUACAGACAAAAUGAGUAGUGAAAAGGACAUAAGAUUUUCUGCAGUUAAAAUGGCAGACUCUCGCAUCGAUAUGUACGAAGAAUCAUUGGGAUCCAAUCUCGCUAAAAAGGCACAACAAUCACCAGCUUUGAUCAUCGGUCUAGUGGGUUUGGUAGCCACUUGUGCGAUUGGAGCUUACAAGUACAAACACAGAGGGGCAAUGUCGACCUCUGUCUUUCUGAUGCAACUCAGAGUCGCUGCACAAGGAGUAGCUAUAGGAAGUCUCACGAUUGGAAUGACAUACUCAAUGAUCAAUGACUACGUUUUACACAGGAAGAAGGAAUGAUAAUGCAUAGGUCCUCAAUGAUAAAGAAAUAAUUAGAGAAAUUAAUAAAAAUUAAUAUACUCCAGCAAUAGAACUUAUGACAAUUACUCCUGGAAUAAUGAAAAAAAUAAUGUCAAUAAAUUUUAAUUUUCUUUGUUAGCCAGAUAUUUGGCACAUUUCAAAUUCUAUCAUUUCGAUAUUCUAUUUAGAUAUAUUCUAUAGUAACACUAUUUAUUUUCAUCGCUAGAUUUGCAUAUAUACAUACGUACGAGUCGUUCAGAUGAAAAUGUAGGGAAUGUUCACAACAUUACAUCAGAGAACUUUUCGAAUUCAUAAUCCUUACCUAGUGCAGGUACAUGACAGAUGAGGUUCUUUGUUUAUUUUUAUUUUUUUGCAUAAGCACAUACAAUGCACCCAAUUUUGUAAUACUGAAUGAGAUUAUACAUUUCAAAAUAAGUACUUUGAGUUGAUUCUCUUUCUAUUUGUGGCAAUUGAAUACUGAUUUUUAUCAGUAAAAAUAACAAAUUUCCCUUAACAAUUUACGAUUUGCACAGUAAUUUGUGAUUGGAAAGAAUUUUCAAUACUCCAUUUUACCUAAUACUGCAUCUGGACACCUCGUACGUUAAUCGUCAUACCAAUAACGUUUUAUCAAAUACUUUGGAUUUGUAUUAUGUUCGAAUAAUAAUGUGUAUCUCAGUUGAUGUAUGAAAAUGAAAAAUUGUAAAGACUGGACCUUUUUUUCGGCAGAUUAAAUAUGUUAGUUCUAAUGUAUGGCAAAUGAAAAAAGAAAGAAAAUAUUUUUCAUUAGUACCAUAAGCUGUGAUCAUUUAUUGUCAACGUGUCGACUGUGAAAAAAUUUGUACAUACAUACAUAAUGUAGUAGCGUGAUAUUUUCAAAUGUACGCCUCGCAAUUUGUACGUUAAUUACGUAUUGUACAAAUUUCUUGACGCAGGGUAUGAAUUGUAUAUUAUUAUAGCAUCUCAUUAUAUUUAUUGUUGUAUAUAUAUUUCGUGUACAAUAAUACAUACCUAACUGUUUAUUUA